GUCUAUCUACUACACGAGGGUCAUUAAGGCUGGUUGGUUGGUUAAUGGGGUUUAAAGUCUAUCUACUACACGAGGGUCAUUAAGGCUGGUUGGUUGGUUAAUGGGGUUUAAAGUCUAUCUACUACACGAGGGUCAUUAAGGCUGCAUGUCACCUGUACACCACCAGUCAAGAAUACUUUAAUACCUAAAACAGUGACUAAAAUAAACUACCAGUGUAUAUACACUAAGAAACAUACACAUCUCAGUGUACAUUCUUUCCUAGAAAUAAAGAGGGGAGACUUACGUAUAUAAAGAGAAUUGAACGUACGAGGAACGUGUGGUUUGUGGACGCUAGAAUGGAGGUCGUGGAAACAAACAAGACUUUCUGGAGUAACAAUAGUGUGCUGGCACCUACUGAACCUCCAUAUUACCCCCUCCAUGAGCGUCCUGAGACCUACAUCGUACCUAUCGUCUUUCUAAUUAUCUUCGUGGUUGGGGUGUUCGGCAACGGGACGCUGGUGUUUAUGUUUGCUAAAUAUCCGAACAUGAGGAAUGUACCUAACACGUACAUACUUUCCCUGGCACUAGGAGACUUGCUAGUUGUUAUCUUUGCGGUGCCCUUCGUUUCGAUCAUCUACUUCACCGAAAGGUGGCCCUUUGGCGAAACGAUCUGUCGGCUGUCGGAGUUUAUGAGGGAUAUAUCAGUGGGGGUGACAGUCUUCACUCUGACGGCUCUCAGUGCUGACCGCUACCUGGCUAUCGUCGACCCGGUGGGGAAGCGUGCGGGUGCGGUAGCUCACCGCACCACCGUGGCCGUCACCGCAGGUAUAUGGGUGCUUGCGGUCAUCCUGGCCGCACCUGCGGGCAUCUUCUCCUACCUGCGAUCGGAGGAUACGGGUAACGGGAAGAUCGUCGUGUGUAAUCCCUUCCCCGUGUACCUAGGACCUUCCUACCCAAGGAUCAACGUGGUCACCAAACUCACCAUAUACUACAUGCUACCACUGGGUAUCAUUGCUACUUUCUAUAUAUUAAUGGCACGUCAUUUGAUGCAGGCCGCAGCUGCACUCCCUGGCGAAGCGCAGCAUCAACGACAGCACAUCAAGCACGUCGCAGCCCGCAGGAAAGUAGCGAAGCUGGUACUGGCCUUCGUGGUGAUCUUUGCUAUCUGCUACUUCCCCAACCACGUCUUUCUGAUGUGGUUCUACUUUAACCCCACCGUAGAGAGGGACUACAACCACUUCUGGAAUGCCUUCCGCUGCGUUGGCUUCUGCUUGGGUUUUGUUAAUUCUUGUAUCAACCCCAUCGCUCUCUACUGCAUCAGCGGCGCCUUCAGGAAGAGCUUCAAUCGCCAUCUCUUCUGCUGCCUCUGCCCUGAAGUGGCCCAGGGCCGCACCUGGACCACCUUCCACUUCCACUCGUCCGGACAACACUUCAUAUCUACUUUCAGGAAGACGGAACAUUUCGAUCUAUCUACCUUGAACGGACCAGAGAAGACAGCUGUGUGAAGUUGCUGUCUUCCCCCACUCUGUCUAUCAUGUCUAUCAUGUGGGGAAAAGAGCCUAAAAUUACUCAUAGCUAGAGUGUUCAACCCAUAGGAGCCAAAGAGCGCUAAAUCGGUAUGAGUCAAACAGCACUUGCAGAACGGCAGGUAACCACAUAUGACUCAAACAAGGAGAGAAGAGAAGGAGGUUACCUCCAAUUCACUGGAUCAAGAGCCUUCACUGUCAUCAAAGGAAUGUGUCCGAGCAC